AUGGCUGGGCAGGUGAGGCAGCAGAUAGACCAGGCCUCGCUGGAACGAUAUCUCGAGAAGAAUGUCCCAGAGGUCAAGCCGCCGCUGCAGUUGAAGCAGUUCGGCUUCGGACAAUCAAACCCCACGUACCAAGUCACCGAUGCGACAGGCCAGCGAUUCGUCCUUCGAAAGAAGCCGCCUGGCGAGCUUCUGUCGAAGACUGCCCACAAAGUCGAUCGCGAGUAUCGAGUAAUACACGCGCUCGAGCAGACCGAUGUCCCCGUGCCCAAAGCGAUCUGUAUGUGCAAAGAUGAGAGUGUCAUUGGCACAGAGUUCUACAUCAUGGAAUUCUUGGACGGCAGGAUGGUCGAGAACCCUUCGUUCCCAGGCGUGAGCGCGGAAGAGCGGACGGAAAUGUGGAAGGAUGCCAUUCGGACGCUUGGGAAGCUCCAUCGUGUGCGGCCGAAGGAUGUAGGACUCGAAACUUUUGGGAAGCCGAACGGAUUCUACGACAGGCAGAUCAAGACAUUUGGGAGUCUGGCGAAGUCGCAAGCUGCUGCGAAGGACAAGGAGAGUGGACAGCCUGUCGGUCAGCUGCCGCAUUUCGAGGACUUUGUGCAGUUCUUCGCGGAUUCGAAGAGUCAGCCGAAGGAUCGAGGUGUGCUGGUGCAUGGCGAUUUCAAGAUUGAUAAUCUGGUUUUUCACAAAACCGAGCCGAAGGUGAUUGGGAUUUUGGAUUGGGAGAUGAGCACUGUUGGACAUCCGCUCGCUGAUUUGACCAACCUCAUUCAGCCUUGGACAAUCUCAAACGCAACACCCAACUGGCCUCGAAUACAUGCCGAUCGGGCUUUCGUACACCCCAGUCGAUCAGAUUCCACCAACAAAGAGUUUCCUGGUCUUCCGACCCGACAGCAGGCGGUGCAAUGGUAUGGCGAGACAGCAGGCUAUGCCAUACCGGAUGCGGAGUUGACAUGGGCGGCUUCCUUUGCGCUGUUCAGAGACAGCAUUAUCUUCCAGGGCAUUGCUGCACGGUACGCUGUACGGCAGGCCAGUAACGAGAAGGCGAAGCAGUACGGCGAUGAACGGGUACCCUUCGCUAAGAUGGGUUGGACCAUGGUCAAGGAUGCGAAGGCGAAACAGGGUAGUCAGUCGAAGUUGUGA